GGUCCGCUCAGUAAAGCAGCAAAUGUAUCAAGGUCACUGUCGAAAGUGCAGACGUGGAAAGCUCCAACACGAGGCGAACUGACUCAGACGACCCGAGGCCUGUUGGCUGCAGUCUACCGACCUGCGAGGCGAGCUGCGCCUUCCUCACUGCGACCGGUGUGGAAAACAGACACAAAGCUCUCUCACACCAUCUGUGGCAGGCGGAUACAGACAUCUACCACAAUGAUCUUUCUUGCUGGACUUGUUGGAUUUGUUCUGGCACUCACAGCUGAGGCCAGAGUUGGAGACUCCUCUAAUUCGAAGCUCUGCACUGAAACAAAAGAGUGUCUGCUGUUUGAUCUAGUCUGUGAGACGAGCACAUAUCAGGUCCGUCGCUAUGAUUCUGUGAAAUGGGUUUCAACCAACGAGUCAUCCUAUUUCUUUGAAAUUGCUGCCCCCAAAAUGUUUUCCAAAUUGUUUAAGUACAUCACCGGGGAAAACGAAGAAGGGCAAAAAAUCGAAAUGACCUCACCAGUUGUUGUGAGAAUUCCUGAGAAGAGAAUCUGGGAAAAGGGUGAAUACACAAUGAGCUUCCUGCUGCCAUCUGAACAUCAGUCUAACCCCCCAAAACCCACAAAUGAGGACGUUUACAUCAAAGAGACACCUGAGAUGAAUGUCUAUCUGAAGAGCUAUGGGGGAUGGAUAACAACUAUGUCUGACAACAUCAAGUCGAACGCCCUCUCCUCCGCCCUUGAUGCUGCCAACGCAGCGUACAAAAAGGGAUCUCACUACGCCGUUGGUUAUAACAGCCCCAUGACUAUACUGAAGAGGAACAACGAGGUGUGGUACAUGGUUGAGGGUGACCCCGUGUGCGAUACAAGCGAGUGAUUAGAAACAUCUUCUCCCUCCUGGUAGCUGGUAGCCUCUUUACUGCACCUGCUGCAAGUCAUACAUAUAACCAUAAAAGCUAUGAUGUAAAUGAAAUGUAUAGUUAUAAUUUUAUUCUCCUGAUUGUUUUCUUUAGGUUCAAUAAAGCCACUUUUGCAGAA